UUUUUUUCCUCUGUUGUUUCUUACAUCGUACAAUAGCUCUCGUUGGCUUCGCCACCCAGUAUACGCGUCAGUCAAGCCGUUAAACUAAUCCAGCCAGUCCCCCAAGGAUUCACUGCAUCAGAGCAAUGGCGACAAUCACUGAGUCAGUGUCUACAGCAGUCGAGUUGCAGGAGCACAAUCAGGUUGGAGGGAGAUUUACUAAACAUACGGGCGAUCCAACACCACCGGAGAAUUCAGAUGAGAUAUUGCAGGCCUCACUCGCAGCUGAUGCCGAGGUUCCUGAUGGGGGCUACGGGUGGGUAGUCAUUUCUGCAUGCGCAGUAGUUACCUGGUGGUUCAUUGGAACCUCCUAUUGCUGGGGUGUACUGCAAGCGGCUUUGGUAAAGGAAGGGCUAUCGUCGUCUUCUACUCUGGCUUUCAUAGGCUCGGUUGCCACGGCAUGUAUUUCCUUUCUGGGAAUAAUCAAUGCGAAUGUCAUCCGGAGAUUAGGCACUAGGAUUUCGGCCCUACUCGGUAUCUUCUUGCUCGGCCUGGGAGAGGUUCUGAGUGGCUUUGCCACCAAGAAUGUGGGUGGCUUGUUUGCGACUGCCGGUGUUCUCUUCGGCCUCGGAAUCAGUAUCUGUUUUAUGGUUGUCUCUGCGAUCCCUGCGCAGUAUUUCAAGGCAAAGCGUGGUAUCGCUAAUGGGAUCGUUUACGCUGGGGGUGGCCUCGGGGGUACUGUCAUUAGCUUUAUCAUGAAUGCCUUGCUUGGUAAGGUGGGCAUAGCGUGGACCUUCCGGAUCAUUGGUUUCAUGAUCUGGGGUACGGGCUUGCCAGCAGCGUGCUUUAUCAAAGAACGGGUGCCAAUCCAACGCACAGAGUUUGUUGAGUGGCGACUCUUCCGUGAUAUUCGAUUUGCUUUGCUGUUCGCAGCCGGCGCAAUUGCAACUUUUCCGCUUUUUGUCCCCCCGUUUUUCCUUCCGUUAUACACAGAAUCGAUGGGGAUGACCUCGGGAGUGGGUGCAGGAAUGGUGGCUGCAUUUAACUUCUCUUCUGCGGUGGGGAGGCUGAUGUGCGGCUUCUGUAGUGACCGGCUGGGACCGCUGAACACCCUGUUUAUGUCACUUUUGCUCAGUGCCCUCAGCAUGCUGAUCCUCUGGCCCGUUUCGACGUCUAUCGGCCCGUUGAUUGUCUUCGUCAUUAUUAAUGGAAUGGCUAAUGGUGGGUUCUUUUCGACUAUGCCCACGGUCGUUGGAAAUGUAUUUGGUUCUGCUCGGGUAUCUGUCGCCAUGGGUAUGAUCGUGACCAGCUGGGCUGGAGGUUAUUUGAUGGGCGCUCCAAUCGCUGGCUAUAUAUUGAAUGCGUCUGGCGGAGAGGAUGGUGGUAUUGGCGCCUAUCGUCCUGCCAUAUUUUAUGCAGGGGGUAUGGCCCUGAGCGCAUCUGUGUUGGCCAUGUUCAUUCGUCUCAAAACUGAUACACAGCCGUUCAAGAAGCUCUGAUAAGAUGGAUUUUGCCGGCUUAUAUUGGCUGCUACAUGACCUGGCAAGCGGAGAUAUGAGACAUGCCUUGUGUCCCACGACAUAGAGGAUUAUAUGGCAUCCUGCUACACGAAUUAUGCUGCAGGGUCAGCAAUGUCUCUCCCAGUUUUCCCUAGAAGGCUAUAGAUGCCGAAGGUACUAGAAGACUGAAACAUGCCUUUACGAGAUUAUUAUGGGUCCUUGGUUUCUGAGAUAUGUCUUCGCUAAUGGACCAUCAAAAGUUCCUGACAUGCUUGGCCUUCAAAGAUAGCUUGUAUUAAUAGC